GUAAGUGAAGAAGCAAUUUGGUUAAUGAUGUGCAAAGCUUACCCCAAAAAACAUAGAAAAAGAGAAAAAGGAUGUGCUUGUAUGUCGGUUUCAGAGUUUGAGAGAAGAGGGUGGGGGCAGGAAUUGUGUUCCUUCUUCUCUUUUGACCUUACAGUGGAUAUCAUAUUCAUAUGGUAGCUUAAAGCCCUAGGUAUAGCUAGUUUGAUUUUGACUCUGACGCUGGGUUUCAUAAACAAUUUAGAAUUAAUGCGAACAUCCUAUAAUCUUGUUCUCUUUCGCUCUCGCCUCCGCCGCUCUCACCAUUUCCAAGCUUAUCGGUCCCUCUCCGUCGCAUUCCUCAAACCAGACCACCAUCCACCAGCUAUCAUUCCCUCACAUUCACUGUUCCUUCUUCACGGCUUCAAUGCUCAUCAUCGCAGUUUCUUUACCAGGGCUAAGCCAGCAACCAACAUUGAAUUCAACGAUCGCCACAGUCAGCGAGCUGUUAAAACUGCCUUGUGGUGUAACUUUCUUGUUUUUUCACUCAAGUUUGGAGUAUGGUUAGCUUCCUCUAGUCAUGUUAUGUUAGCUGAAGUCGUCCACUCCGUCGCCGAUUUUGCAAACCAGGCGCUACUUGCUUAUGGUUUAUCUAGCUCGAGGCGUGCACCAGAUGCUAUUCAUCCCUAUGGCUAUUCCAAGGAAAGAUUUGUUUGGUCCUUGAUAUCUGCUGUUGGGAUCUUUUGUCUUGGUUCUGGUGCCACCGUUGUUAAUGGAGUACAGAACUUGUGGAUUGCACAGCCCCCUGAGAAUAUGCAGUAUGCAGCUUUGGUGAUAUGCGGUUCAUUCAUCAUUGAAGGUGCUUCUCUUAUUGUUGCCAUACAAGCUGUCAAGAAAGGUGCAGCUGCGGAGGGAAUGAAAUUAAGAGACUAUAUUUGGCGAGGCCAUGAUCCUACAUCUGUUGCUGUGAUGACGGAGGAUGGUGCUGCAGUCACUGGUCUUGUUAUUGCUGGGGCAUCAUUGGUUGCAGUGAACGUUACUGGAAAUGCCAUUUAUGAUCCCAUAGGUUCAAUUGUAGUCGGCAACUUACUUGGAAUGGUAGCUAUAUUUCUUAUCCAGAGAAACCGGCAUGCUUUGAUUGGUAGAGCUAUGGAUGACCAUGAUAUGGAGAAAGUACUUCAGUUUUUGAAAAAAGACCCGGUUGUAGAUUCCCUCUAUGAUUGCAAAAGUGAAGUUAUUGGGCCUGGAUUCUUCAGAUUUAAGGCAGAAAUAGAUUUUAAUGGAGAGAAGGUGGUGCAAAAUUAUCUUAAAAGGACUGGACGUGAAGAGUGGGCAAGACAGUUUCGUGAAGCUGCUAAGCAGAAGGAUGAUACUGCCCUGAUGAAGAUUAUGUCAAAUUACGGUGAGGAAGUAGUUACAGCUUUAGGAAGUGAAGUAGAUAGGUUAGAGAAGGAGAUCCAGAAUCUCGUUCCUGGUAUUCGGCAUGUUGAUAUUGAAGCCCACAAUCCUCCAACAGAGGCGACCUUGUCAAGUGAAAGUUUUAAAUAAAUUCGACACCCUCUUCACAUUCAUUUAUAUUAUCAAAGCAUUUAUGAAAAAUUGAUUUGGCUUUAUCCAGUAUCACGAGUUCUGAAGGAAAUACGAAGUUGAGUUACAUGCCUCGGGUUGAGUUGACCCUGGACAGCUCUUGAUACAUUAGUACUCAUGUUUUCCUCUUCACUGAAACGUGACAUCUGAGCGACCUCGAGUGUGAAAGACUACAAGGCACAUAUAUAUAUAUAUAUAUAUAUAUUGAACAGUGCUACGAUGCUAAGCUCGAUGAAUAAUUAGAAGUGGUAACUUUUUCUGUGUCCUGCAGUUACUGUUACUUGAGGUCAGUAUCAUAGUUCCAUUUAAUUGAGGAAUGUUAUGAACGCAUUCUUUAAUAUAUUGUUUUUGACACUGAAAUCUAUUCUGGCUUUAAAAUCAUGCAUUUAACUGUUUAA